AGACUUCCCAGCCUGGAAGUGAACGUGAAGCAAAUAUGGCGGCGGCGGCGCUUACGCUGAGGACGCGGGCAGCAGGUCACUACGUUCACGCUGGCAACAUCCUUGGCACUCAGCGUCAGUUUAGAUGGCACCCGGGAGCCCAUGUGGGGCUUGGGAGGAACAAGUGCCUGUAUGCCCUGGAGGAGGGGAUAGUCCGCUACACGAAAGAUGUCUACGUGCCCAAUCCCAAAAACACGGAGGCUGUGGAUCUGGUCACUAGUCUGCCCAAGGGUGCUGUGCUCUACAAGACUUUUGUCCACGUGGUUCCUGCCAAACCUGAGGGAACCUUCAAACUAGUGGACAUGCUUUGAAGUCCUGUUGAGACCAUUGGAUGGAGCCUGGAGCCCAGGUCACAGGAACAGUGAUGAUGGAAGUCAAGGGUCUGGGUGAGAACAAAAUCUCCACAGAAGAGGCUGGAGAGAUGGCUCAGCAGUUAAGAGCACUGACUGCUCUUCCAGAGGUCCUGAGUUCAAUUCCCAACAACCACAUGGUGGCUCACAACCAUCUAUAAUCUCUUCUUGUGUGUCUGAAGACAGCAACAAUGUAUGCGUAUAAACAAAAUAAAUAAAUAUUUUAAAAAAGAGAGAUGGAAAGGGACAGGACAGGUGGCUGCUUCCUGAGGGGUAGGCAAGCAACCGUUGGAUAGAAGUGCAGCAGUGUCCUUGAGGGCUCAUAGCUUGGUGGCAGUUGAAGGAAUUAGAAGGCAAAGGUUUUAGCCCUCUCCCCAUCCCCAUGUACACAUACCCUUCACACUGCUCUUCAGGGUCACCCAUUGCCGGUCCCUCGAAGGCUUUCCUGGUCUGGGGUCUAUCCACAGAGGCAAAAGUACCUAAGGGCUUUGUAGCCUUUUCCUUGUCCUGCCCAAGGGCACUAACAGACACCAUAUAAGAGUUAUAUGGGGUUGCCAGGCGUGGUGGCGCACGCUUUUAAUCCCAGCACUCGGGAGGCAGAGGCAGGCGGAUUUCUGAGUUCGAGGCCAGCCUGGUCUACAAAGUGAGUUCCAGGACAGCCAGGGCUACACAGAGAAACCCUGUCUCGAAAAAAAACAAAACAAAAACAAAAAAAGUUAUAUGGGAAAAGCUGAGUUCUGCAGGGCACCCAAGGCUUAGAGGGCCCCACACUCUACACAGCACUACACAGUCAGCUGGGGAAAUCUGCCCCAGUGGUUUUGUCCAACAGUUGGGCACACAAGCCUACUGCCACAGGGUUUACUGGUGGGUCCUGGGCAGCCUCAUACAGGCUACCUCUCUGGGGACACCGUUAUGACCAAGAAAAGCAGAGCAAGGAAGUCUUGCACCACUGCUACCCAGCUUCCUUUGCUCCUACUGAUGGGUCUGUGGCCCAACCUACCUUGCUCCUGCUUCUACAAGCUUCUGACAUCUCUCCCUCCACUGCCUUCUAGCCACAUCAGACCCCUUGCCUGGCUGCAGGAUGCUAACACAUACUUCAUCCCCCACUUAGAGACAGCAGUGCAAGGAUCCUCAUUUACAUGUCUGCUCAUUUCCCUGGAUGAACCUGUGUAGGUGGCCCAUUGGUCGAGAUAGGGAGGAGCUCAGUCUUAGGAUCCAAUGCAAGCCUGGGAUACAGGCUUAGCCUCUAGGGGAGCAGAGUCCUAUCACUUCACCCCAGUACCCAUCUGCUCACUCCUGUUUCUUCUAACAGCCCUCAGCAUGUCUGGGAAGCACUUAGGUGAGGAAGAGAGUGUGUUCCUUUCUGGCCAUUGGCUCCAUCUGCUCCCCACAGCUCUGAUGGCCUUUGGACGGUCAGUCUGAACAGCAUUUUCUGUCCUCACCCUCCAUCCUCUGUCUGGUGCUCAGAGUUGGGAGUUGAGAGUCUAGGGCUGCAGCUCAACUUUAUUUUUGCUUCCUGCAUAUCUGCUGUGUGAUGCCCUGUCCCUGUCCCUCAGGAGAGGCCUAGCAGUGCUGGAGUUGCCCCCUCCAGUCCAUAGAAACCUGCUCUGGCUUUCCUCCCUGGGGCUGGAGAGCUAGGAAGAGACCUUUGUCUUCAAGGAGGGUUCUCCAGCAGUUUGUUUACCAAUGUAAGGGAGGGGCCUGGCCAGGAUGCUGCAAACAUUUCCUACUGCAGCUCUGAGCUAGAGGGAACCUGGGCUAUCUCAAAGGCCCCUUCCCUAAGGAACAGUUGCUUCUGUUAGGCCAGAAGAUGGGGCCGUUUGGUCAGCACCUAUGAACAAAAAACCAAGAGCAGCUGUAGCCCAAUGCUGGGAGCCAGAGACAGGCUCCCUGAGGUUUUCAGGCUGGUCAGCCCAGCUAAAAGACUCCAAGCUGUAGCUUCAAUAAGAGAUCUGGUCUCAAAGGAUAAGGCAGAAACUGAUAGAGUGGGAUCCUGGCAUUGUCCUCUGGCCUCUGCAUGUGUGCACAUUGGUGUGUGCACUCCCCCAGCACAUACAUUAAGUGUGUACAUUAAAAAA